AUGGGAACUAAGAGUGCGAAUAACAUGGACGUGGUCGUGGGCGUGGACGUGGACGUGGACGUGGAUAUGAACAUGGACGUGGACAUGGACGUGGACGUGGACAUGGACGUUGACGUGGACAUGGACGUGGACAUGGACGUGGACGUGGACAUGGACGUGGACGUGGACAUGGACGUAGACGUGGACGUGGACGUGGACGUGGUCGUGGACGUGGACGUAGACGUGGACGUGGACAUGGACGUGGAAGUGGACGUGGAAGUGGACGUGGAAUUUGACGUGGACAGGGACGUGGACGAAGCCAUGGACGUGGACGUGGACGUUGACGUGGACGUCGACCUGGUCGUGGACGCGGACAUGGAUGUGGACGUGGACAUGGACGUGGACGUGGACGUGGACGUGGACGUGGACAUUGACGUGGACGUGGACGUAGACGUAGACGUGGACGUGGACAUGGACAUGGACGUGGACGUGGACGUGGACGUAGACGUGGACGUGGACGUGGACGUGGAAGUGGACGUGGACGUGGACGUGGACGUGGACGUGGAGGACUUGGACGUGGAUGUGGACGUGGAUGUGGACGUGGACGUGGACGACUUGGACGUGGACAUAGACGUGGACAUAGACGUGGACAUAGACGUGGACAUAGACGUGGACGUAGACAUGGACGUAGACGUGGACGUGGACGUAGACGUGGACAUGGACGUGGACGUGGACGUGGACGUAGACGUGGACGUGGACGUGGACGUGGUCGUGGACGUGGACGUGGACACUUGGACGUGGACGUGGACGUGGACGUGGUCGUGGACGUGGACGUGGACGUGGAGGAACAUGGACGUGGACGUGGACGUGGACAUGGACGUAGGCGUAGACGUGGACGUGGACGUGGACAUGGACGUGGAGAUGGACGUGGACGUGGACGUGGACGUGGACGAAGACAUGGUCGUGGACGUGGACGUGGACGUGGACGUGGACAUGGACGUGGACGUAGAUGUGGACUUGGACGUGGUCGUGGACAUGGACGUGGACGUGAACGUGGACGUGGACGUGGACAUGGACAUGGACGUGGACGUGGACGUGGACAUGGUCGUGGACAUGGACGUGAACGUGGACAUGGACGUGGACGUGGACAUGGACGUGGACGAGGUUGUGGACUUGGACGUGGACGUGGACGUGGACAUGGUCGUGGACGUGGACGUGGACGUGGACAUGGACGUGGACGUGGACGUGGACAUGGACGUGGACGUGGACGUGGACGUGGACGUGGACAUGGACGUGGACAUGGACUUUGACGUGGACAUGGACGUGGACGUGGACAUGGACGUGGACGUGGACGUGGACGUGGACGUGACGUGGACGUGGACAUGGACGUGGACGUGGACGUGGAUAUGGACGACAGCGGAUGGAAACGCGGAGGAGGACAUGGACGUGGACAUGGACGUGGACGUGGACGUGGACAUGGACGUGGACAUGGACGUGGACAUGGACGUAGACGUGGACGUGGACAUGGACGUGGAUGUAGACGUGGACGUGGACAUGGACGUGGACGUGGACGUGGACGUGGACGUGGACAUGGACGUGGACGUAGAUGUGGUUGUGGACGUGGACGUGAACGUAGACGUGGACGUGGACGUGGUCAUGGACGUAGACGUGGACGUGGACGUUGACGUGGACAUGGACGUGGACGUGGACGUGGACGUGGAGGAGUUGGACGUGGACAUGGACGUGGACGUGGACAUGGACAUGGAAGUGGACGUGGACGUGGAGAACUUGGACGUGGACAUGGACGUGAACGUGGACGUGGCCAUGGACGUGGAGGACUUGGACGUGGACAUGGAUGUGGACGUGGACGUGGACAUGGACGUGGGCGUGGACAUGGAGGUGGACGUAGACGUGGACGUGGACAUGGACGUGGACGUGGACGUGGACGUGGACGUGGACGUGGACAUGGUCGUGGACAUGGCCAUGAACAUGGACAUGGACGUGGACGUGGACGUGGUCGUGGACGUGGACGUGGACGUGGACGUGGUCGUGGACGUGGACGUGGACGUGGACAUGGACGUGGACGUGGAGGUGGACGUGGAGGUGGACAUGGACGUGGAGAUGGACGUGAACGUGGACGUGGACGUGGACGUGGUCGUGGACGUGGACAUGGACGUGGACGUGGACAUGGACGUGGACGUGACGUGGACAUGGACGUGGACGUGGACGUGGACCUGGACGUGGACGUGGACGUGGACGUGGACGUGGACAUGGACGUGGACGUGGACGUGGACGUGGACAUGGACGUGGACGUGGACGUGGACGUGGAGUGGACAUGGACGUGGACGUGGACGUGGACGUGGACGUGGACGUGGUCGUGGACGUGGACAUGGACGUGGACGUGGACGUGGACGUGACGUGGACGUGGACGUGGACCUGGACGUGGACGUGGACGUGGACGUGGACGUAGACGUGGACGUGGCCGUGGACGUGGACGUGGACAUGGACGUGGACGUGGACGUGGACUGGGACGUGGACGUAGACGUGGACGUGGACGUGGAGGUGGACGUGGAGUGGACCUGGACGUGGACCUGGACGUGGACUGGACCCGGACGUGGACCUGGUCGUGGACCUGGACGUGGACGUGGACGUGGACGUGGACGUGGAAGUGGAUGUGGACGUGGACGUGGACGUGGACGUAGACGUGGAGGUGGACGUGGAGGUGGACGUGGAGGUGGACGUGGACGUGGAGGUGGACGUGGACGUGGACGUGGACGUGGAGGUGGACGUGGAGGUGGACGUGGACGUGGACGUGGACGUGGACAUGGACGUGAACGUGGACGUGGACCUGGACGUGGACGUGGACGUGGACGUGGACGUGGACAUGGACGUGGACGUGGACGUGGAGUGGACGUGGACGUGGACGUGGACGUGGACAUGGACGUGGACGUGGACGUGGACGUGGACGUGGACAUGGACGUGGAUGUGGACGUGGACGUGGACAUGGACGUGGACGUAGACGUAGACGUGGACGUGGACGUGGACCUGGACGUGGACGUGGACGUGGACGUGGAGGACGUGGACGUGGACGUGGAGAACUUGGACGUGGACAUGGACGUGAACGUGGACGUGAACGUGGACGUGGACGUGGACGUGGACGUGGACGUGGACAUGGACGUAGACGUGGACGUAGACGUGGACGUGGACGUGGACAUGGACGUGGACGUGGACGUGGACGUGGAGGACGUGGACGUGGACGUGGACGUGGACGUGGAGAACUUGGACGUGGACAUGGACGUGAACGUGGACGUGGACGUGGACGUGGAGGACUUGGACGUGGACAUGGACGUGGACGUGGAGUGGACGUGCACGUGGACAAACAAGUAA